UUGGGUCCUCCGGACUCUGCAGUCUGAAAAGCUGAAAAGCGGCGUGGACCAAAUCCUAAGAUACUGACCCAGUUAGGUUAGCUGGUUAGUUAGCUAGCUUAGCUAUCUCAGCUAUAUAACCGAAUAGCUUGUCCAACGUGGCUUAUGGGAUGGUUUAUAAUAGCUGUUUUACUUUAUUAAAUGCGAGUCUAGCCAUAAGUGCAACCAACAUAGACGAGUAAUUCACCUAGUUAUAUUAACCCAAAGUGCUGGAAGUCCUUGGCUAAGAGGAGUGCAUCACACCCCCUGCAGAGUGAUGUCUCAGUUUUCUGCGGAGGAUGAGGCCGAGCUCCAGUCCCUGCUGAGACAGCUCCUGAAAAGUGUCAAGGAGAGAAUCUCAGGGGCGCCUUCAGUGGAAUGUGCCGAGGAAAUCUUGCUGCACCUGGAGGAGACUGACAAGAACUUCCACAAUUAUGAGUUUGUCAAGUAUCUGCGGCAGUAUGUCGAGAGUACGCUGGGGGCAGUUAUUGAGGAGGAGACUGAGAGCUGUGCUAAGGGUGAUGGUCAUACCAUUGGGUCAGGUCAGGACACCCUGGUCCAUGCUGUCACACGAAGGGCCAGAGAAUCUUCACAAUAUAAACAGAUGAUGCAGACCUUAAAGCAGACCAUGAUGGUGAUUGUGGAAUCAUUGAUCAAUAAAUUUGAAGAGGAUCAGCUGAAGAAGGAGGAGAUGAAUAGAAACAGCCAGCAUGAACAGUCAAGCAGCCACUAUACGGACAACUGCUCAGACAGCGACUCUUCCUUUAAUCAGCAGAGCUAUGCCUUCAUCAAGCAGGAGCAGCUGCAGGUCAUUUCUGAGAAGCUUGACCCAAGUAGGCCAAGAGAGGUACGUUGGGAAGCCUUACAGUCCCUAUGCUGUGCUCCUCCCUCUGAUGUCCUGAGCUGUGAGAGCUGGACUGGUUUGCGCAGAAACCUCUCAGCUGCCCUCGCUGACCCUGAUCCUGACCUCAGUGACAAGGUUUUGCGCUUUUUUGCGAAAACGUUUUCUUCCUCCCCUCUGAAUGUGACCAGGGAAAUAUACACCAGCUUAGUGAAAAGCCUGGAGAGUGACUUUCUGUACCACAAGCUGAGUUUUCCUACUGAGUCAGCGGGCAUGGAUGUGAAUAGGCCGGAUAUUGCUCGCCUGCUUAAACAAAUGCGAUUAAUGAAUGACUUCCAGCAAGAAGUAACAACGUUUUGGAUACGCCAUCCUGAAAAGUACAUGGAGGAGAUCAUAGAGAGCACCCUUGCACUUCUUUCUCUGCAUCAUGAACACGGCAUAGGCCCUCACGGCUCAGAGAAAGCUCUAGAGCCAGUGCAUUUUCUUUCUCUUUUGGACAUCAAGGCCACCUGGUUCAAGAAGUGGAUGCAUGGCUACUACAGCAGGACUGUUGUCUUGAGGCUUCUUGAAAGGAAAUACAAGUCAGUGAUUGUUACAGCAGUUCAGCAGUGCAUCUAUUACUUUGAAUCAUAUGACCCUGUAAGAGAGGAAACAUUGGAGAUCGCUCAUGCUAUGGAGCAUCAGCAGAUUGGCCCUGCUCAGAGAAGCUUUUACAGUGCUAAGGAGCUGGAGUACACUUACUUCAUUCACUCACUCUGUGUGCUUGGGAGGCUUCUGAUGUACACUAACGGGAGAAAACUUUUUCCCAUCAAAGUGAGGAAAAGGAGAGAUCCGGUAACUUUGACCGACUUGGUGGUAGUCCUGAUUAAUAUCAUGUACCAGCACCCAAACACGUCAUAUUCCGAUUCUGCCCACACAGACUCACUGUCUCCCACUUCUAUGGUGACGGAGGUCCUGAAGACCUUGUGUGAACGUACUGAAUGUGCAGUGGAGUGCAUCUAUCAGACCCCUGUCAUAGAGACCCUGCUGGCCCCCAUCUUCGCUCUGCUUAAAGGAAAGCCGGCCAAAUUAAAUUCCCCAGAAAGCAGCCUCACUCACAUUGCGGACACACUGGCAAGAAUCGCUACCACCCAGCGUGGUUUAGCAUUGUUUCUUUAUGAGAGGAAGCUCGUCUCUGCUGAAGGUGAUGGUAUUACAGCGGGCCAUGUCAUAGUGCAGUUUACUCAGAAGCUGCUGGCUAAAGAGCUGCCCGCAUCCACGGAGCUGGAAAAUUCCCCCGCUGUAAAGGGUGCCUUCAUCUUUGUGUGCCGCCAGAUGUACAACACUUGCGAAGGUCUGCAGGUGCUCAGACCUUACAGCCUGCACGAGUGUAUAGCUAAAGCCUGGAGGAAGACAAGCUCGCUAUCAGAGAGAGUUCCCACCCCUGUCCCUGGAGCCAUCCCAUCAUCAUCCUCCCAGGAGCUCCAGAACGCAGUUGCCUGGGAGGAGGUGCUGUUGGACAAUCUGCUGAACUUUGCAGCCACACCUAAAGGGCUGCUGCUGCUUCAGCAAACAGGGGCCAUCCAUGAGUGUGUCACCUACAUGUUCUCCAGGUUCACCAAGAAGCUUCAGGUGAGCAGGUGUGAGAAAUUUGGUUAUGGUGUAAUGGUGACUCAAGUUGCGGCUACGGCCCCUGGCAUUGUCGCGUUGCACAGCUCAGGUUUCAUCCAGGCUAUUGUUGUUGAGCUGUGGUCAGCUUUGGAAUGUGGCAGAGAGGAUGUGAGAGUUGUCCAUCCCAAGUCCACUCCAAUGGAUCCAAUAGACAGGAGCUGCCUGAAGUCUUUCCUAACACUAGUGAACUUGAUGUCCUCUCCACAUGCUGUGUGGGAGCUGCUGGGCCACCAAACACUUCCCAACAAGACUGAGUACAACCUGAGAGAAAUGCCCACCUCUAUUAUUGAUGUGAUGGACCGCCUUGUUGUUAUCAACUCUGAUGCAAAGAUACACUCCCUGUUCAACUAUGAGCAGUCGCACACUUUUGGCUUGAGACUCUUAAGUGUAAUGUGCUGUAACUUGGACUCUCUCCUGCUGCUGGAGUCUCAGUACAAGCUCUCUGACAUUUUGCUGCAGAGUCAGAAGGACAAUGCCAUAGAGGCUUCCUCCGGUGAAGGAGAGUUCAUCAUUGAUGGUCUGUCUGUGGAGAGAAACCACUUGCUGGUUCGGAUGAAUGCCAUUGGUGGGCCUUCUGAAAGGAGACUUCCGCCCAGAGCUCUGCAGAAGGGGUCUGAUCCAUACCCAUGGCCAAUGUUCUCAUCUUACCCUCCGCCCAACUGUUACAUCCUUGAUGUACCAAAGCCAUUGCGGACUAAACAAGACUCGGAGAUCAGUGCCUUUCUGGCCUCAUCUAAGGAGGCAGAGAGAGAUGAGAACUGGAUGGAGAGCUGCAGGAGACACUACUGCAAAGCCAUGACUUCUAAAUCCACUGUUCUCACUGGAAAUGUGCUGGCUGAUCUGCUGGAGAAAGCCGUGCUGCACCUGUCCUCCUCUUCAGCCAACUGUUUCUUCCCUCCUGCAGAAUACAAAGUGGUGGAUCACUAUGUAAAGACUCGUAAACUGACAUCUGUGGAACAGCUGGGCAUCAGCAUCUCUCUCAGGUAUGGUUUAUUCCUGAAGUUACUGAGGGAGGAUUCAGAGCAGGAUCUCUGUCUUCUCAUCAAACACAGUCAGGAGUUCCUCUCUCAGCAGCGCGUCACACUCCAGUCUGAACUCUGUUAUUUGAGGGGAGGCUACCCAGGCCAUGACUGGUUCUCCUCCACCAUUUUCCUGCUUAUGGGUGGGGACGUGGGCCGGUCCCUCAGUCUGCUGCUGCGCUUCUCUCGCCUGCUGCCCUCAGCUGUCCUCUGGCCAGCCCGACUCUACAGCUCUAUGCAUCUACCAGUGGAAAUGGCUCAAUCUGGAAUCCCCCCACUGUACUCAUGCACUGCUCACUACGUGGAGAUGCUGCUAAAGGCGGAGGUACCGCUGGUCUUCUCAGCAUUUAGGAUGUCUGGCUUCACUCCCUCUCAGAUGUGUAUACAGUGGCUGGGCCAGUGUUUCUGGAACUACUUGGACUGGCCUGAGAUCUGUCACUAUGUGUCCACGUGCAUCAUCAUGGGACCAGACUACCAGGUGUACAUGUGCAUUGCCGUGCUGAAGCACCUGCAGCAAGACAUCCUCCAGUAUACACAGACCCAGGACCUGCAGGUCUUCCUCAAGGAGGAUCCCAUCCACGGCUUCAGGGUCAGUGAUUAUCUGGAGUAUAUGGAAGGCCUGGAGCGGAGUUAUAGAGGUAUGGUGCUCACCGACAUGAGGAGCAUCUUACUGAAGAGCACCUAGUGUUUCAUGUCGUUCAUAUGGGAAGUCGGUGGACUAUGCAGAAGGUGGACUGACUUUUUUUGAAUAAGUUUUAGUUGCAGCAGAGACAACAGUUAGUUCGAAUGAGUUUGUAUUACCUAUAAAAGGUGGUACUAAUCAAACAAAUGACAGAUAAACUCUUACUGCAUUUUUGCCAUCCGAAAAAUGGUGUUUGCAAGACAUCCUUAGUUAUAUAUGUGUUUUAAUUAACUUAUUGAUGUUCACAUAAAUCCUAAACAAGUCAUGUUCACUCGAAAGGCCUCAGGACUAGUCUAAAAGUAAUUUCCAAUGGUGAUUCACCAUCUUCACUGCAAUUAAGUCAAUGAGCAGGCUUGGGCCAUGUGCAGUAAACUGGCCCUUUAGAGUUUUAAGUCUUGUUUUACUGCAAUCUUUAAUUUGUACAGUUCAGUCUCCUUUAUCCUGAGUGCCAGCUUGAUUUGUUCAGCUGCAGUGUCUGUGGAUCUUUUUUUCCCUCCUUGAAAGAAAGAAAAGGAACAUCUUGCCUUCUGUACGGAAAUGGAACGCAAGCAGCAAGACAUGCUGCGUGCAGUAUGACACAGGAUUUAUAUUUACGUGUGUGCUAUUUGGGUGGAAAAGUAAAUGCUGUUUUGUAACAUGCCCUGUAUAUUUACUGAGGCCUGUCUUGUUUUAAAUAUCAUGUAAAUAUUUUUUUCUGUUAUGCUCAGUGAACACAGUUGUGAAGUUAGUAAACAGUGACUUGUUUUUAAA